AUGAGUAACGAAGAAGAGCAAUAUGACGAGAGCGCAAUGGGUGCACCCGGUGCUCCAACGCCUGUCUCCGCGCUCGAGGGCAUCAAUGGAUUGACUGCACGAGACAUUAAGCUCAUAAUGGAGGGAGGUUACAAUACUGUCGAAGCCAUUGCAUACACACCUAAACGGCAGCUUGAGCAGAUAAAGGGCAUAUCGGAACAGAAAGCAGGCAAACUCCUGCAAGAAGCCGCAAAGCUAGUACCAAUGGGCUUCACCACCGCCACAGAGAUGCACCAGCGUCGAAGCGAACUUAUCUCAAUAACGACCGGAUCGAAACAGCUGGACACCUUGCUCGCAGGUGGCAUUGAAACUGGUUCUAUAACUGAGAUCUUCGGCGAGUUUAGGACUGGAAAGAGUCAGAUAUGUCACACGCUCGCGGUGACCUGCCAGCUGCCGUUUGAUAUGGGCGGUGGCGAGGGCAAGUGCCUGUACAUUGAUACUGAAGGCACGUUCCGUCCGGUUCGUCUACUUGCCGUCGCAAACAGGUACGGUCUGUCCGGAGAGGAGGUGCUGGACAACGUCGCGUAUGCCCGCGCGUACAAUUCUGACCACCAGCUGGAGCUCCUCAAUCAAGCCGCGCAGAUGAUGACUGAGACACGUUUCUCAUUGCUUGUCGUCGACUCUGCCACUUCGCUCUACCGGACAGAUUUCUCUGGUCGUGGAGAGCUCUCAAGCCGUCAGACUCACUUGGCCAAGUUCAUGCGCACGCUGCAACGGCUUGCUGAUGAGUUUGGCAUCGCGGUCGUCAUUACCAACCAGGUCGUGGCCCAAGUGGAUGGAGGACCAAGUGCAAUGUUCAACCCUGAUCCGAAGAAGCCUAUUGGUGGCAACAUCAUCGCUCACGCAAGUACGACACGUCUUAGCUUAAGGAAAGGUCGAGGAGAAACGCGAGUGUGCAAGAUCUACGACAGCCCUUGCCUACCUGAAAGCGACUGUCUGUUUGCCAUCAACGAGGACGGUAUCGGGGACCCCAAAGAGAAGGAUCUCGAGAAUCAUUAG